CGGCUGGGACUGCACCUCCCAGCGCACUCCGCGGCGCGGCGCCGCCAUCUUGGCGCCGAGACUCCAUUUCCCAGGCGGCGCGGCGGGUCCGCCAUCUUACCGCUCUCUCCUCCCCCGGUGCGGCUGGAUUGAAUGAGCUCGCUGCCCGCCUGCCCGCGAAUCGAGCGCCAUGUCAGGCACCCCGAGCCGCGGCACCCCCGGCGGGACCCCGCUGUCGCCGACUCGCAUCUCUCGCCUGCAGGAGAAGGAGGAGCUGCGGCAGCUCAAUGAUCGCCUAGCCGUUUACAUCGACCGGGUGCGGGCGCUGGAGCUGGAGAAUGACCGGCUGCUGCUGAAGAUCUCCGAGAAAGAGGAGGUCACCACCCGGGAGGUGAGUGGAAUCAAGAAUCUGUAUGAGUCUGAAUUGGCUGAUGCUCGAAGAGUUCUGGAUGAAACUGCCAAAGAGAGGGCUAGAUUACAGAUUGAAAUAGGAAAACUGAGAGCAGAACUUGAGGAGUUCAAUAAAAGCUACAAGAAGAAAGAUGCAGACUUGUCUGUGGCUCAGGGUCGCAUUAAGGAUCUUGAAGUGCUGUUCCAUAGAAGUGAAGCAGAACUCAAUACUGUCCUGAAUGAGAAACGCAGUCUUGAAUCAGAGGUGGCUGAUUUACGUGCCCAACUUGCUAAGGCUGAAGAUGGUCAUGCUGUGGCUAAGAAGCAGUUGGAGAAGGAGACACUAAUGCGUGUGGACCUGGAGAAUCGGUGCCAGAGCUUGCAAGAGGAUCUGGAUUUCAGGAAGAAUGUAUUUGAGGAGGAAAUAAGGGAAACAAGAAAGCGACAUGAACAUCGUUUGGUUGAAGUGGACACUAGUCGUCAACAGGAGUAUGAAUCCAAAAUGACGCAGGCCCUGGAGGAUCUGCGAAAUCAACAUGAUGAACAAGUCAAACUGUACAAAAUGGAGCUUGAGCAGACCUAUCAGGCUAAGCUGGAGAAUGCUAAACUGUCCUCUGACCAAAAUGACAAAGCUGCUGGUGCAGCUCGAGAGGAGUUGAAGGAGGCUCGCAUGAGAAUAGAAGCUCUGAGCUACCAGCUUUCUGGCCUUCAGAAACAGGCUAGUGCAGCAGAAGAUCGCAUUCGUGAAUUGGAGGAAAUGAUGGCUGGUGAGCGGGAAAAGUUUAGGAAGAUGUUAGAUGUAAAGGAGAGGGAAAUGACAGACAUGAGGGACCAGAUGCAACAGCAGCUUACAGAGUACCAGGAACUGCUUGAUGUUAAAUUAGCACUGGACAUGGAGAUCAGUGCUUACCGAAAACUCCUGGAAGGAGAAGAGGAAAGGUUGAAGCUCUCUCCAAGUCCAUCCUCCCGUGUUACAGUCUCUCGGGCUACCUCCAGCAGCAGCAGUAGCAGUACUUCACUUGUUCGCACUUCGCGAGGCAAGAGAAAACGUAUUGAAGCAGAAGAGCUUUCAGGCAGCGGAACAAGUGGAAUUGGCACUGGAAGUAUUAGUGGCAGCAGUAGUAGCAGUAGCUUCCAAAUGUCCCAGCAAGCUUCAGCUACAGGAAGUAUCAGCAUAGAAGAGAUAGACCUGGAGGGCAAAUACGUUCAACUGAAAAACAACUCGGAGAAGGAUCAGUCUUUGGGUAACUGGAGACUGAAAAGACAAAUUGGAGAUGGAGAAGAAAUUGCUUAUAAAUUUACUCCUAAGUAUGUCCUCAGAGCUGGGCAGACUGUAACAAUUUGGGGUGCAGAUGCAGGCGUAUCUCACAGCCCCCCUUCUGUUCUUGUGUGGAAGAAUCAAGGCAGCUGGGGCACUGGAGGAAAUAUCCGCACAUACCUUGUAAACUCUGAAGGAGAGGAAGUUGCAGUGAGAAAUGUUACUAAAUCAGUAGUCGUGCGAGAGAACGAAGAGGAAGAGGAUGAAGCAGAGUUUGGAGAAGAAGACCUUUUCAACCAGCAGGGGGAUCCCAGAACAACCUCUAGAGGAUGCUCAGUGAUGUGAAGAAAGAAAAAAGAAACUAUUAUUUGCUAUUUUUUUUUUCAUUUCUUUCCUUUUAUUUUUGCUAUUUUUUUCCCUCCAGAGCCACUGAAAACUAUUUUUAUAUGCAUCAUCUGAUUUCUUUAAAGUUUACUCCUUGGUACAUUUUUAUAAAAAAAAAUCGAAAAAAAAAAACCUUUACCGAACAAAACUGCCAGAAUUUUUAAUAGAUUUCUUUAUUUUUCCCUCUUUGUUGAAACAUUAUAUUGGAAUACAGUAUUUUUUCCCAUACAGAGUUUAAAGUCUUCUGUACAAACCUUCAGCAGAAAAUAAAUUGUUAGCUAAAAUGGGAUGAGACUCCUUGAGUGUAUGGUAAAUCUAUAAUUGCAUAUAAUACCAGGAUAACAACAACAACAAAAUUUAAGAAAGCAUGUUCAUCUGCAGGGCCCGAUGAGAGAUUCACAGUAGUGUUUCCUCCAUACUUUGUAAGAAAUGGUAGUAUCUUGCCUGGUAUCUUCAGCAGUGCCCAUCUUAGGAAAACUAGACCCCAGAUUCAUUAAAAAUGCUACUCCACCAAUGGAAGUAAGAAAGGGAAGCUGCAUUUUAGACAUUCUUGGCUCAGUACCAUGGCAUCUUGUCCUACUUCAGGGUUUGACAGUCUAGUAGUAAAAACAUCUGAGUCUGUCAACACCUUAGCUCCAUAUAAUUAUUUCAGAAGAUGGAGAAUGAUCGGUUCUGCUUGCUGAAUAUAGACAUCAUCUUAGGUAUGAAAGUGUCCAAACCAGUUUUAACUGUUUCAUUUUCAGUGGAUUUUGACGUCACAAAUGAGACCCUGUUAAAUCAUGGACACAAGUCGUGAUGUACAGUAUUUAUGAUGUUAAGCAUCAUGAUUUAAUGAUUUUGACAUAUUCAGCAUUAAACAGAAUGAUUAUGAUUUUAGAUGUUAAAAAUAUUUUUACUUUUGGCAAUGAUAAAUAUUGGGGAUUUUAAAGGUUAACCUGUGUAAAUGUUGACUUUUUUAAUCAGAGCUAGAUGCAGCUUGUUCAUACUUCUCUUAUAUUCAGAGGGGCAUUGCCAGGUAUCUUAAGGAGCAGUAUUUGCAAAAUAGUACAGAAGUAGUUUAAUGACUUUUUUAAAAAGUUAAAAGGAACUGCUGUUGUUUAAGACUUAAGCAUUGCUUUGCAGUGUUCAAAUGCUCAAUGUAAAGUAACAGUGAAGGGAGAAUAAUGUUUUUUAUAAAAAAUGCUUUGUAUGAGUAGCAGGUGAUUUUUAUUUCAGUAUGAUGCAUUUUGUAUCUGACAGUGUCCCUUUAGCUUAGGGUUUCUUCUGCUGCACUUCUGUGGAGAUAACUCUGACUCCCAUAAGAGUAUUGAUAUAGUAGUGCAGCUUUAAGCACUAGGAAAAAUACUUGAUUGCUCCAAAGAAUGCAUUGGCUACUGUACAAGCAAAUGUUUUUUCCACUAGUUAAUAGUUUGGAUACAAAAUUUGGAUACCAUUUGAUGCCAGCAUAGAAUCCUGUUUAUACCUGCACUCUUGAAGUCUGAUCUUGUCAUUCAAAUAGUUUGGACUCGUCAAACGAGCUACAAGGUUUGGAUGUUUUCGGUGGCUUUUGGAUAUUAUGUUCUCUGAACAGUAUUGUGACUGACAGAUAUAACCUAGAAAGUCAGUUUAGUGGCUUUGACUGAUGAUGGCUUUGUAAUGCAAGCAGGGUGGGAGCAAAAGGGGGUUUUGAAGCUUAUGGAUUUAUUUUGCCAUUUAAAAAUAAAUCAGAUGCUACUUUUCUCUAUUUGAGUGAGAUGACUGAAUUACUGAAGUUAAACUAAUAGAAAUGUAAAACUAUGUUUUAAUCCAUUAUCAGAAGAUCCAUUACAAAAAAAGCAGUAUGAAGAUUUGGCUGUUUGGGCUAAUGGGAUAACUUGAUGUACUUGGCUGGUUUUCUAAUGUAAUUUUCCCACUCUGCUUGAGUAGAAGGUUAAAUAUGUAGUAAAUCAUGUCUAUCUCUCUGUAAAAUGUAUCUAGUGAAAUUAUGUUUCUCAGACAUACUGUUGUCAACUACCUUUUCUAAAUUUCUUGUUACGCAAAUGAAUGCAAUCAAUGUAAAAGUAUUUUUGCAAUGCACCUUCCAGCCACUGGGCAGCAUUUCCCUUUCUGACCCACAGUUUCUAUACUAUAAUUACAUAAUGUCUGAGGGCUUUUUGCCUUUUUUUCCUAAAGAUCUGUAUUUAUUUUUUUUACAUUGGCCAGUUUUCAGAUUGCUUAUUCUUAAGAUUGUCCUAUGCGUUUAAGAUUGUUCUGUGGUCUUAAUACUAAAGCAGUGAGUGUGUAGUUCAUUUGCAUUUUUUCUGUGACUUUUUUUUUUUUUUUUCUUUUCCUGUAAAGAAUGGGCUAGGAAAGGCAACUUGAAUGAGGAAAAACCUCUUGCUACCUGAGCCAUAGUUUUCCUAACAGCUACUGUAUGGGGAAUGUGUCUUGUAGCCUUAAAGACUGGUGCUGGCAAAUCUUUUGUGAUGAACACUGUGCCCCUCAGUAACAGUCUGCAGAAUUUGUCCUUAGAUUUGCAACUGCAUCCUUUAAUUUUGGAAACCGUUUUUAUUUUAUUCUUCAGUACCAUGUUUAGGUAUAUACAGAUGUUCAUGUAAAACAGUGAUUGACACUCUGGGAAUUACAACAGUCUAAAUGUGGAUGAUUCUGUCACCACAGUGCUUUCUAAAAGGCUACUAAAAAUAUGAGAAAUAAUUCCUAGCUGUAAAUUACAAGACACAGAAAAACUGCUGUAUUCCACGUACUUUCUUUUUUUGUGUGGGCGUCUUCUCUAGGACACCAUCCUUUCCUCCUGCUUUUGAUGUUGAGCUUCAGCAUAAUGGCACUAUGCCUUUAAAGUUGGUGCUCCGAACUGGGAGGUUUUUGGCUUUACCGAGCGAAGAAAGCAUUGCUUCUUUUUCCUCUGUUUUUCAAUUAUUUUUUUUCCUCAUUUUCAGGAUAAUUAAAGUUUUUUUGUUCAAAUAAAAUCCAGUGUCCCCGUGCCCUCUUUUCCUAUUUGAUCCUGAAUGUGAACCACUCUUGAAGAACUUGGAGGAUAGUAAGCAUUUCUACUCUAGUGUAGGUACCAGGUGUAGAGCUUGAAGGAGAAACAGAUUUGAUUUGUCAGGAGAGAAAUUAUUUUAAGGCCUCUGUGAUUACAGAAAUUAACCAGUAUAGCUUUUUUUCAGAGUAGUCACUUGAGGUUAAUUUACCCAUAUGGGUGUUCUUGUUCCAGAAAAACAGGCAAUCAACUUUAUUCUGGAUGAAACAGUAAAAAUUAUUCCUAAAUGAUUCUUACUGGUUAAGAGGGGGAAGGGAUAACAGCAUAACUGCAGCAGAAUAGUUAAGCUAAUCUUUUCAUUGUGUAGAUUGUAACAAUAUAAUAUAAAAUAUGAUAAUGCAUACUACCUAUUCCUAUAUUUAUACCAUGUGAAAAUGCUUGUGUCAGAACAAGUCCAUCCAUCUGCAGACCCACUGGUAAUGUGGCAUCCUCCAGAGUGAGAUAUGAUUACAGAGAACCUGAAAUUCCAUGCCACUUCUUUUCUCCCUCACUUCUGUAUUUGUUACUUUAGUUGCUGUAUUGCAGUGACUUGUUCUAAGUAAUAGAGUGGCUAUGAUUCCUUUCUUGCUGCACAGCGUUAUUUCCCAGUGUGUCUACUUAGGCUAGUUCGGGACUCUAGAUUUGCCCCGACAAAAACAGUAGUUUACACUAAUCAGUUGUCUUCAGCACCAGUUUGCCAUUAGAUGGGAGUUGGCUGGCUGUGUUUGUAGCAGGAACCAAAAGUCUCAGGAAGAAAAUAAAUGUCUGCUUCCCAUGACCUUUAAUGUAAAAGCCAGACAAGCUUGUCUGCAGCUUGCUUUAGUCAGGAAAAAUGUAUUGUAGCAUGAAGCAGACUGUACUGUGAAAGGAGGUCUUAAUAUGCAUGUUUGUCCUUGAGCAGCGAGACACCUCAUGUUCAGCGUGUGGAUUUUACUGUUUUUUAUACACCCUUUUUUCUUACUAUUAAUGCUCAUCCUGUAUAAAGGCCCUUUAACUGCAACCUGAACAGAGGUUAGUUAGAAGAGGCUUAUAGAAAUCCCUCUCUACACCCCAGAACACUUGAGAAUCUCUUUUGUGUGCAUCAGAAAGAUUUUGAUGCUGUAUAAAAACAUGCAUGCCGUAUGUCUUAUAUUUGUUGUAGCCACUUCUCUCACUUUCUCACUGUGAAGCCAUUCUGUCUCUUCUUUCUGUAUCUUCUUUUGAAAGUCUUACCUCUAAACAAAGGUAUAUCCAUAUUUGAUACUGGAUUUUAUUGCCACUGUUGGGUCCAAACCCUGUGUGAGCAGGAAGCAAGCCUUGUUGUAAACCAGUGAGUGGAAGGUGAGGGUAGUGAUUGCAUUUUUAAAAGCAUUGUUUUAGCUGAAUGUCAAGACAAAUUACAUUGGUGAGUUUCUUUUCUCACUUAAAAUGGCCUGGGAAGCAGAAUUUUUAUUUACCCUUCAAUAUGCUUAGCUUUGAACCAGUUUAAAAUAAUUUCGAUGUGUUUUUUUUUAAUACAAGACCAUAUCUACAUGCAAUUAUUAUUUGUAAACAUAAUGCCUUUCUUGAAAUGCUAAGGUCUAGAGAGUGAAAAGGAUGAUUAAUAUUGAAAGACUCAGUUCAGAAUAACUCAAGCAGUGAAUUGACUUGGAGUUGAGGAAUAUGAAACGUGUUUUAUUGAACUUCCACAUUUUCUAGUUAGCUUUUAAUGAAGUGACGAUUCCAUGUUAAUAAGGUAGAUGUUAUUGUGUAUUCCAGCUAUCCAGAUCAUCAUUACUUUAAAAUUACAAGCAAUAAACUAUUUUAAACAAGUUUAAGCAAAAAUGCUUUCCAUUUGGGCACAAAAUACAGUUGAACUCUUAUCUUCUUGACAGUAAUGCCUUGUGACUUGAAUUGUGGUUUUUUGAUAUUUUUUUUUUAACACAGUCUAUUUAGAUAGCUCUGGUUCUAGGUCACUGUAGUUUAACUGACCACCUCUGGUCAGCUGCUGCAGAUGAGUUUUUGGAAGGUUCAAGUUUUUAAAAUAAGGAAUUGUGAAAAGCAUUGCAAAUUGAAAUAUAAAGACAAAAUUAUUAAAAUGUUCACAUGGAACUUAUGAAAACUACAUAAUGAUCUAGACUUUAUCAUUUCAAAGUGGGGGGUUUUUUUCUUUUUAGAAUAUGCAUGCCAAAUGUCUUGUCUUUUUCAAUGAUUUGUAAUAUACAUUUUAUGACUGGAAACUUUUUGUACAACACACUCAAAUAAAUGUUUUGCAUUUUA